AACCGGAAUAACGAAAAGCCGACAGUACGAAUGGUAUUGGAGGAGAGCUGACAAAAGCACUCCCCACCGCAAUUUUCGCCAGCUAUUGAUUUAAAGCCGCAGUUUUUUCUCUCUUCGCGGUACUACAGAUGGAUAAAAUUUUUGCCGGAGUCGGACGAGACGCUAGCUAACGUUAGCAUCCAGGGGCUAACCACUUUCAGUAGGAUUAGACGUGUAAACUGUAGCCAGGUUAGCUAGUUUUGGAUUGCAACUUGGCAAAAGCUUGACACUUUCAGCUGUUUCUGUCUCCGUGAUAGGCGGAUUUUCUGGUUAUGAGACGCCGUUUUUUAAUGCCGUAUUUGUCAGCGAACUGUGAAGAUAGCUACAGUCUUGGCUAGCCCGCCAGCUCACUUGUGGUCUUCAGCAACUUAACGUUACAGCUGUGAAAGAGUUUGGGACGGUCUGUCCAGACUGGCGAGCUUGCUAGUAAUCUGGAUAACCGACCUGAGAGCAAUUAGCCUACAAAUGCAACUCGUCUCAUCAGGUUAAGUUGUUAGUUAAACUCUUUAGACAUUUGGCUAACAUUACGGUGUAAAUAAAUGACUUCUUGCCAGGUAGGUUAAGUUAGUUCGUAUUUUUGUGAACAGAACAGAUUAACGUUAACCUACGUGACGGACGUUUUUGGGGUAAGGCUGGCUAGCCUGCUAAAGCGCUUAUCCUCUUUCAAGUUACUGGUGCUGAUUUAGUUUGAUGAUGUCUAUGCAUUUUUUUUCAUACCAGGAAAUCCAUGCCAGUUGCUAGCUAGCUAAUGUCUGUAGAUGACUAGAUCAUUUGUUGCUGAGAAAGAAAGGCAAACGGAUCUGUUUAAAUCGGCGUGCUUCGUCUUUCACGUUCUGCGUUAAGCUGUUUUUUUUCUCUUGUGUCUACGUGGUAUUUUCAUCAGUGUCCUCUGACCUGGAUUGACGGAUAGCUAGCUAUGUCAUUUUGUAAUGUUCCUAUAUGCUCAGAUUUCAGUAUAAGGACCUGUACUUGGUUUGAAUGUUGUUAUGGUUAUAUUAGCUAACAGAAGCUAAGUUAAUCAGUUAGCCGGUUGCGACAACAUUUGUACUAGCUAGUUAGGUUAGGUUAGCUAGCUAGAAUAUAUUUUGUUACGAAACGUAACUAACUAUCUUACAGCUCAACGCAGAUUACGAGUAUCAUCCGUGUCUGUAUCCAGCCCAGCAUUCACUAGUUAGUUAGCUAGCUAGCUUAGCUAAUUGCGUUUUUAUAAGUCGGCCGCUUUUACUGACUCGAGAUCUUUUUCUACAUUAGUUAGCUAGCCAGCUGACUGCGUUUGUUAGAGAGAGAACCGGUUCAGCCGAGUGCUUGUUAAUUAACUGUGGUGGUUUCAAGCCGAAGAAGAAAAGAUGUCAGGCCAAUCCAUCACUGAUCGGAUCGCGGCGGCUCAGCACAGCAUGACCGGAUCCGCGAUCAGCAAAGCCGUCUGCAAAGCCACAACGCACGAAGUCAGCGGACCCAAAAAGAAACAUCUCGACUACCUGAUCCACUGCACCAAUGAGAUGAACGUGAACGUGCCCCAGCUGGCUGAUACUCUGUUUGAGCGGACAGCCAACAGCAGCUGGGUGGUGGUCUUCAAAGCCCUCAUUACCACGCACCACCUAAUGAUGUACGGCAAUGAGCGUUUCAUUCAGUACCUGGCCUCAAGAAAUACUCUCUUCAAUCUGAACAAUUUCCUUGAUAAAGGUGCACUGCAAGGCUAUGACAUGUCCACCUUUAUCAGGCGCUACAGCCGGUAUCUGAAUGAGAAGGCUCUGUCCUACAGGCUUGUUGCUGUGGACUUUACCAAGAUGAAGAGAGGUAUUGAUGGAGUGAUGCGCACCAUGAAUACAGAGAAGCUGAUCAAAACGCUACCCAUUAUUCAGAACCAGCUGGACGCACUGCUUGAUUUCCAGGCCAACCCUAAUGAGCUUACUAACGGUGUGAUCAAUGCUGCCUUCAUGCUGCUGUUCAAAGACUCCAUCCGUCUGUUUGCUGCCUAUAAUGAGGGGGUCAUCAACCUGCUGGAAAAAUAUUUCGAUAUGAAGAAGAACCAGUGCAAAGAUGCUUUGGACAUCUACAAGAAGUUCCUUUACAGGAUGACCAAGCUGUCGGAGUUUCUCAAAGUAGCAGAGCAAGUUGGGAUUGAUCAGGGUGACAUCCCAGAUCUCACUCAGACCACCAGAGGAUCUUGCCUUGCUCCCAGCAGCCUGCUGGAGGCUUUGGAGCAGCACUUGGCUUCUCUGGAGGGCAAGAAGACCAAGGAGUUCUCUGCAGACAGCAGAGCCACUACUCUCUCCAGUGCUGUGUCGUCACUCUCCAGCACCGGUAUGUCAUUCACUCGUGUGGAUGAGAAAGAGAAGCAGCAGGCUUUGGAGGAGGAGCAAGCCAGACUGCAGGCACUCAAGGAUCAGCGUCUAAAGGAGAUUGGCCUGCAGACUCCCUCUGCCUCCCCUGGUACUCAGUCUUCGAACAGUAUCAACCACAGCGUGGCAAUGGACCCCUUCUCCAACCACACCACCAUCGCCCCUGUUACCAACAGCAUGCCAAACCUCACCAGCGACCUGUUUGACCUCCAACCAGCCUUCAUCCCUGCCGUACAGAGUACUCCCUCCAUAUCCACAGCCACCAGUGCCUGGGGAGGUCUGGAGAGCAGCGCUCCACAGCCCACUGCUCACAUACCCACCAUGAAUGUAGAUUUUGAUGCUGUGUUUGGAGCGCAAAGUGCCAAUAACGAUGUGAAGCCAGCAGCUGGUUUUGAUACAUUAGGGGACUUGUUGAAACCCACUGUGCCAGCUCACAGUCAGGGUCCAGUGAUGCCCCCUCAUUCAGGAGGAAAGCUGCUGGCCAAUGACCUGGACUCGUCCCUGGCCAAUCUCGUUGGCAAUUUGCAGUUUGGAGGAUCCGCAGCCAAAAAGCCGGACAUGCAGUGGACACAGCCUGGGGAGAAGAAGCUGACUGGAGGCUCUAACUGGCAGUCCAAAACCAUGAGCAGCACGACUGCCUGGAGCCCAGCUCCCAUGCCGCCUGCUCCCAUGCCUGUGCCCCACGUGCAGAGUGGAAUGUUCUAUACUGGUUAUCAGGCCCCGGCUCCCAUGGCCUUCCCCAUGACCACACCUCAAGUGCCUGUGUAUGGGAUGGUCCCUCCUCAGAUGGGACAGAUGGGAGGGGUUCCAGUCAUGACCCCCCAGCCCAUGAUGUACAACCAGCCUGUUCUCAGACCCACCAACCCAUUCGCUCCAAUUCCUGGGGCUCAAAUGCAGUUCAUGUAAUAGCAUGUGCAGUGGAGUGCCAAACAGGAUGGCAAAAAACCCACUGAGUGAGCAAGUGAGAGGAGAGACGAGGAAAACCAACCACCACCAAAUUCAGGGAGCCAGAGGAGGAGAGAGGGAAGUGGACAGAGAAAAGCAAGAGAGAGAAAUGCAUAAGGGAGGAGUACGGGGGAAGCAAGGGUGUAUUUCUGUCAUGAAUGCUCACCUCAUCGUCUGAAAUUGCAUUCUCUUACACACACCCACACACACCACAACAGGGUGUUAACAUAGCCUGUUACUCAUGUUUCAUUGUUUCUCAUUUUUGUCUGUCUAAUGCCAAGGGAAGUUAUAAGUUUUGACAUGUUUUAUAUUUCACAUGAUAACUUUAUGGAUUCAGAGAGACUGUCUUUAGGUAAAUCAGUCAUUUCAGAAUCAGGUUCAGAGUCAUCUUGGCAGAAAAGACUAAAGUUAAGUUUUGUUUUUUUUACAUUCUUAAAGGGUCUGUGUCAUGGAAAACUAUAUUUUUGAGUAAAAAAAGUUUGAUGUCGUAUGUUAAUGUUUCAAAACAUACCUAAGCCAUACAAUCCAUGUAUGGAAAUGAAGCUGCAUAAACAGCCUGUUUUUGAAAAUGUUGUUUUUGUGAGGCCACACAAACUUUUGCAUUUACAUAUAGCCAUCUUUUCAGCCAGCAGCAGUUUAGCCCCACCCAUUCUGUGGUUUUGGUUGAAGUUAAAAGCAGUGUUGCAGCCCAGGGUAUGUAUGAAUGAGGCUUAAUACAGGGUAGCCAAUCAGAACAGAGGUCAUUUACAUAGAUCGAUAGCAAAAACUACCUGUUUGAGCUGUUCAAAACCGUCUAAUGAUAAUGAUGCGUAAAUCCACACACGUCAUGUGUUGAGUUCAGAUGGAAAAAGUUCCUUUUCAAAAUGUAGAAAAGGACACUUUUUAAAAAAUAAAUGUUCCCAAGUGGUUCUUGGCUUGGGUGUAUAGUUUUAGAAGAAUCUUCUAAAUGGUAUAGAACAUGUACAUUGUGUUGAGGUUGAACUUUAAAAAGGUUCUUCACAAUUCUCAUUUAUAAAAAUCUAGAUCUUUCAAGAGCCAUCCAUUGAAAGGUUCAUCAUGGCAUAGCUCAGAAUAACCCUUUUGACGCCUUUUAUUUUUAAGAUUGUAGUUACUAAGAUGCCUCUAAGCACUGCUUAUUUGGGUGUGGACUGAUUGGCAGGAUGCGCUCCCUGACCAACUUAGUAGGUGAAUUACAGACAUUACCUGUUACCUAUUGCAUAGCAUUCUCAAAUUAAUCAUACAUGGAGUUGUUUUGUUUUCACGUCCAAAACAAGGGAAAUUUAAACAUUUGUUAUCAGUAGCUGAGGUGUACAGCACCUACGAGCACUUUAAUUGUGUAUGAUUAGUUACAUCAAAUCACACUGAGCUGGUCUCUGCCCAUUUGAAAUGUGUGGUUAGUAAUCUACAGAUUUUUUUUUUUUUUUUUUUAUUAAAGUGAAAAGGUUACUGAUGACCUCACCUUUUGGUUAACCUAAACCCUAUAAACCACCUGUCUAUCCCAUUUUCUCAUGUGUUGUAGUAGGAGGAUGCUGUAUCAGAAAUGGUGGCAGUCACCUACUCUUCUGUGCAGACAAGACAAUGAGCUCUAUGCUUCUUCACUUUCUUCCUGACAUUUUAACAGCUUGUACAACGUCCUUGUAAACACACAUGCUGCUUGCUGUGAAGCGAAAACUAAACAUGUCUAUACUCCUCUGCCAUAGACUUCUCUGCUAACUAGCGCACCAUAUUUGCUACUCACCCUACUACAAAGAGUUUAGAGAGGUCAGAGCUGUUAAAUACUUUCUUCUUUUUUUGGUUGGUUUACUUUGUCUCCUAGUGAUGGAUUUGGAAGCCAUGCUUUUUUAAAAUGCUACAAUGGCUUGAAAUCUGCUUUAGUUUGAGUUGCCAAAAUAACAGAAGUUGUGAUUUCAAUUUCAUGUGAACAUAUGUCAUCUCUUCACACCCCCUUUUCAUGGCUCAUAGCCAUGUUAAAAUAUUCUUUCUGGAUGCCGAGGAAUGUGAAGUGUAGUUUGUACCAAUAUUAUUCCCAAAAUUGAGUGGCUAAAAUUUGAUACAGCAGUUUUUGAUAAGGAAAAUGUAUAUGCCAGGGUUUGUUUUCCUCUUGAGUAAGGCAGAUAUCCACUAAAUAUGAGCAUUGUCAUGGAACACGUUGGCAAAGAAUAUGUUUUUGUUCCAGUGCCCGUGUGGAACAGGUCUCUAACGUCCACAUGAAAGCAUGUCUUUGUUUUCCUUUUCUUCUCGCCUUCUUUCUUUGUCUCUUAUAAGCAUAAUGGCGUGCCAAUCAGGUGGCUGCUCUACUGUGUGCCAAUGUGGCCAGUCUCCAGCUUUUGCUCUUUACUGUAUCAGGCUGUGUGCUUCUGCCGUCUAGGUGAUGCUUUGAUGCCUCUUUAAUUAGCUCCUCUCACCCCUUUAUCAGUCUCCCUGGAGGAAAGAGAGAAAGAAGAGAAGGAGGCAGGGUGGCAACAGACCAUUCAGGCAUGGAUAGGGAAAUGUCAGACACGCACAUGCAUACAUUGUGUGUGGAACAAGAAAGAGCUUUAUGUACUGAGGUGUUUCCCCAACUGCUUCACCACUGUCCUGGUCCAUACUUGGAUCAUCAGAAGGUUGUAUGGUUGCAUAUGGUCCUUUUUGAAUAGUGAAUGUUUCAAACCACACAGUGGUUUUAUGAUACACUUUAUGAUGAGCAACUGCAGCAACCCGGACGAUUUCUAAAAUGUAGCAGAGGGAGAGGGAGCGUGACAGGCAUUCAGAUGAACAAACAGCACAGUGGUGGUUUAAGCAGCUCACCCUCCAUCCCUUCGGUGAUCUGUGGACUGUACAAGGCAACUCUGCACCUGCAGACAAUUGUAAUGCAGUAGGGAAGCAGCUAAACCCUUUAAACUCCAGGCGUUUUAUUCUGAAGCUUUUUAUCCGCUAACCACUUUGAAUUAUUCAAUAAUUAGACUACGAAAUAAACAGAAUUCUAGAUGUAUGGCUCUUAGACUUGUUAACAAUGUCAUGCUACAUACUUUUUUUCCCCAGUGGAUUUUCAGACUUGAUACAAUUGCCCAGUCACAAGUCCGAAAACUGUAGAGGGUAAAUAAUUACAAUAUUUUUAGUAAGCAUAGUAAACAAACUGAUAUGAGUUGUUCAUUUGGGAAAGGAUGUCUGUCCUGUCAAUUUCUGGUAUAAAGCCCAUACACUUAGGACACCCUUAGAAUUUAAGGGAUUAACGGAAUAUUCACUUUUUUUUUUCUCUCUUUGCGACGUCUGUAGCAUAGUCAAUUUCCACAGUAAUUUUAGGUUUCACAUUACUUAGAAAAGAACUGUUAUGUUAACUUGAAACCAAAAACAUUGUAAAGGAGGAGGAGACCUUUCUGUUGUUGAAAAAUGAAUGGAAAAGCCACAAGCGGAAAAGCAUUUAUAACAGCCAGAACUAUUAAUAAAUAAAUAAAUUUGAUUUGGAUUUAUAGGUCUUUCUUCGUUCAAAGACAUGGGAAUCUGAUCUUGUAUGACAGGAAACUACUUUGCCUAUGAAUUGCAGAAUGGACAGACUUAUAAGGACUUUGCUUGAAACACACUAGAAGACAAUGGGCAGGUGCUGAAGCAGCAGCUUGGGAAAAACCUUGUGUUUUCUUUAAGCUGAUGUCACCUUUUUUCUGUCACUAGCCACUCUUAGGCCACCCUGACGCUUGCGCACACUCACUUUGAGACUCCCUUUAACUGCAUCAUUCUAAUCUGUGAACCCCAGUACUUGUUUUAUGAGUAUGCUGAGGCAGCCUCACCCUGUAGAGUUUACAGCUCCCCCUCUGUUCUGACCUAUGCAGUCAUCUCUCCUGUGUAACACAGUGAAACAUGGCACUCAUUUUGUGUGCGAAUUACUUUGUGACUGCUCUGACUGAUGUGUCCCACUUGUGCUGCACCAUGAGGCAUCAUAAUGAAAGCGCACAGUAGUGUCCUGUGACGUCAUUAAUUAGUAUUUUGCAGUGAGGAAAGGUGUUGAUUUGCUGUCGGCAGACAUGUAAGAGAAAGAAUCAGCCUUGGUCUCUGUGCGUGUACGCUCAUGAACCUGGGUUUCCAUGGUGAUCUCUCGAGCCUCUGGGACACUCAUCCCUUUUUAAAGUCAAAGCGUGUUUUGGCACAGAGGUUGAAUAAGCACAGCUAUUUUGAAAGUCUUUUUUUUUUUUUUUUUUUUUUUUUUUUUUUUUAAAUGAGUUCUGUCAAUCUGGUUCCUUAUGGUGCUUUAGAUGUCCAAUUGUUGCUGUUUGCUCCUUUCUGCAUGGUUGUAGCUGUUCGGCCUGUGUCACGGAGGCUACCUUGUGUAUUCGGAGCUAGAUCUUUGAGAGAAGCUGUGAGAGAGGUUUACCUAUAUCCUAUGUUUAAGUGUGUGGUCUUGUGUUGUGCCCAGUAUCAUCAAAAGUGCAUGAUCUUCACUCAGUUCAAUGUCAUGAGAAUCUUUUCAUUAACAUGCCAAAGGUCAAGUGAUGAGGCCAAAACUAUGAAGAGAUAUUUAGUGUCUUUUACCUUACCAGCUUAAGUUGUGUUACUGGAGGUCAUCACAGUUAGAACUUGCCAUAUAAUUUAUGUUGUUACAAAGCAGUACCAAGCUUAACUUGGGUCUAUGGAUGUGCUAUUUAUUAUACUCUUGUUAUUGUAGCUCCCUCUUGUGGUAACCCACAACAGAAUCACCACGCGUGUAUUGGCUGUUUGGAUUACGCUCUGUCCUUUAGACAACUUUAGGAAGAUCUCAUCCAGCUUGAGGCAUGCAGAUCACAGUGACUCAAGCUCUUAAUCAUCAUUGACAUGCAUAAGCAUGACGGGUCUUAUACUGUUCAAACUGGGUGAGUUGACAUGAAUUCUCUCUCCCUCUCUUUGUCUCUCUCUUUCUUUCCAUCUUGUAUGUGACUUGACCAAGGCCUAUAGUGGCUGCUAGUGGUCCUCCAAACCUUCAGCUGGUCUGCACAGGUUGUGAAACCCAGCUUUUCAUUCUGAGUGCUAGGCUAGAAAGUCAAGAGCCAAAUGGAUCUGCUGCUGCUUCUUUUGCUCGCUCUCUCUGGUUCUAGAAAGCCUUCAAUGCAUCUGCUCCACAGCCAUCUGCAAGCAUCCUACAGUCAGCUGGACUUAAACUAGAAUUAUAAUGGAGGCUAUAAAACUCUUUAUCAUGCAUCAAGAUCUUUUAAGUAAAGUUCUAGAAUCCGUGGCCUGUGAAAUUAGCAGCUACAGGAGUUUUUAGAAUUCACAGCCUCUGGAAUUCUUGAUCAGAUGUGUUCUAGAAUUCUCAGUCAGAGGGCUUCUAAAAUUUUUGGUCAUGGAAGUUCUAGAGUUUUCAGCCUUUAGAAUUCUUGGCUACUUUGACUAGGAGGAUUUCAGACUCUAGCUCGGGACUAAAGGCUGAAGGCCGCUUUCAUGGGAAUAUACAGGGUCCUUCUCACCUCGGAGUCACCAGAGAGCCUUUAGGAAAAACCUUGUCGGUUAUAUGGUUGUCAUUUUUGUCUAAUGUUGUGCACGCUUUCUUUUUAACUUCUGUGGUUUUUCGACUUUUUUUAUUUCUGUCUCAUAUAUUCUGUAUAUACCCACACGCUGCAAUGUAUUUUUUAUUUUUUUUAUUUUUAACUUUUAAUUUUCUGAACAAGAGAGAUUUGCAUUUAUAUAUAGGUAUAUAUAUAUAGAUAUACAAUAGAAACACUGUUGUCUCUACGUGUUAUAAGCCCUGGGGUGGAAGGCUGCAGAUUUUACUAGUUUCAUCAUCAAUGCCAAAUGAGAAGAAUGGGAGAGAAUGGGAGAAAACAUCUUCCAAAUGUUUGUGGAGAACCCCUUUGUACAUUAUUUUUAUUUAUUUAUGCAAAAAUAUAUUGAUUUUUAAUAAGCAUGGAAAAUACAUAUUACAUAAAAUCAUGGGCUUUUGUUUUACUUCAUUCAUUCAGAAAUAAAAUCAUUUUCUUUUCUUAAGUUGUUUGUUUGUGUUUUCCUCAUUUGUCAUUUAAAACUGUCAGUGAAACACAUUCAUCCACCAAACUACAAAGAGGCACUUAAAUGGGUGGUCAUGGGAAAUGUAGUUCAGUGGAUAUAACCCCACCCCAAUAAAAGUUGCACUUAGAACCCCAGACUGUCUGCACUUAGCAUGGUAUUUUUGUGACUUCAGGAAUUUUAUAGAGUAAUCAGAGAUGGAGCUGGACAUUACUCAGUGCUGCCAUGUCGAAGUACAAUUCCUGUUCGCCCUUUACAGAAAAUAGUAAAUAGUUUUGCUAGAACAACAUAUCAGAAGUUCUCUGGUGUUCGAACCCUAUUGGAUGCUCUUAUAAGGCCAUGUCAGUUUGUAAUUCCAGAUUUGCAGUAUCUCUGAUUCCAGCCACAGUCUACUUUUUUACCCUGCCUCAGGUCAAGCCAGGCAAUAAAUAAUAGUUUCUGCUGGACACUUGGCUCUAGAAGCCAAGCUGUGAAUACAGACCUUAGUCCAUGUUAGAUGGCAAAUAAAUAAUACUUACUCAUAUGACCAUCUCAUAACAUCUUCAUUCAUAAGCUCCUCAUACCGCCACAUGUUUCAGGCUUUUCUGUAUUUCACCAUUUUUAACUCCCAUCUUAAAGUGUGGGAGAUGUUGCUGAAAAAGGUAGAAUGCUUGAUGUGGUGGGAGUUAUUACAUUGUUUCACCUAUUACUGAAGCCUGAGAGGCUCUCCUCUAAUGUUGCAUCUGAAACUGCCUUUCUGAGAUAAAUAGGGUAUAAAGCACUGGUUGAAACCAAUGGUCUGAUGAUCCUGGUUCAGUUUAAACUUAACCUUCUUUUCUAUGCCUGCAAUGAGAUGCUUGAUUCCGGACCAAGAGGUGUGAUGUGAUUCCAUUUUGAGUUUGUUGGUUCUGUUGAAGUUUUUGUUUGUGUGUUUUUGUUUUUUGUUUUUUUUCUUGCAUGUUUUUUUUUUUUUUUCUUUCUUUCUAUCUGACAUGCUUGAGGAAUCAAAGUUUCUGAGUUCCAUGUAUUGUUUGCAAAGAUCUAUUAAAUAUGGUGCUUUUUUGUUGAAUAAGCAAACUGUUGUUGUGGGUGUAAUGGGCUCUUCUGUGUAUUUUCCUGUUUUUACUGGUUUAUCAGUGGUUGGCUGUGCUAGUCUGAUAGGUUUUAAUUUUUUGUGCGUUUUUGCUCGAGUCGUUUCUUUUGUAUGUUCGGUUUUGAGUUGGUUAUGUUGUCCGUAUCUGUAAUGCAAGCUCUUACCAUGAACCAUGAAUGAAUGCCUUGUGAAUAUAUCGAUUUAUCGCUCGCGCUCACCAAUUUCUUAAUAAAGAAUGCAUUUUUAGCA